AUGGCCUCCCAGGUAUCUGAUGAGAUCCUGCCCUCGCCCGGUAUCACCUCAAACAGUCCGACCAAUGUGACAGGCCAGAUUCCAUUGGAGCAACCGCUGAAGCUCAAGGGUCGCCGGAAGUUGUUGCAGAGUCUCCAACGCAUGUCAUCCAGCCCGGCGCUGGCCAGGCGUGGACGCUCUGCAUCAACUUCGGGCUAUCGUCGAGACAAUAAGGCCUCGCUCUCUUGUGUUUCACUAUCUACAUCGUCCUACUCCCCUUGUCUAGGGAAUGGCAGUUCCUCCCACUUGUAUGGAGGCCUCAAUCCUCGGCCUGCUACUCCCGGUUUCUCUGGUUCUCCUGGUGAGGACCAGGCCAUUAACCCUCGCAUCCGUCUGGUCGAUGCCGAUGGUCCCAGUGUUUCUUUGCCUCGAACUGUGCCUUUGCCCUUUGAUGUGAGGCCAGCAUCAAGGGGAUCACCACGUGCAGCGACACCGGUGGGACUGAAGGCGGAGAAAGAAGUCAUCCUUCCACAGUCGCAACCAGCUAGAACUCUUGACUUCUGGGGUGAUAUGCCAUCUGAACUUAAGAUGGAGAUCUUCAAGCACCUGACCCCCCAGCAAAUUGUCCGCUGCUCCGCCGUUUCCAAAUCAUGGAAUCAGAUGUGCUUCGACGGACAAUUGUGGUCCAAGGUUGAUACGACCGAGUAUUAUACCAAAAUUCCCGGUCAUGUUUUGGUGAAGCUCAUCACUUCUGGUGGUCCGUUCAUUCGAGACCUGAACCUCAGGGGUUGUGCUCAGAUUGGCGAUAAAUGGUCCUCUGACGGAGAACGCAUUUCGGAUAGGUGUCGAAAUGUUGUCAACUUCUCGCUUGAGGGUUGUUGUAUUGACAAGACGUCAAUGUACUCUUUCCUUCUCCGCAAUCCCCGUCUCAAAUACAUCAACGUGACAGGGCUUCCGACUGUCACAAACUCAGCUUUGAAGGUCAUUUCACGGUCGUGCCCACAACUCGAGACGUUGAAUGUUUCCUGGUGCAAAGGAAUUGAUACCACCGGCCUUCUUCGAAUUGUGAAGGCCUGCGGGCAGUUGAAGGAUCUUCGGGCCAGCGAAGUCAGUGGUUUCAACGAUGAGAAAUUUACGUUGGCUUUGUUCGAAUCCAACAAUUUGGAUCGCUUGAUCAUGGGUCGUACCGACUUGACCGACAAUAGUCUCAAGAUAUUGAUUCACGGCGAGAACCCGGAAAUAGACCUUUUGACUGAUCGACCUAUCGUCCCACCUCGGAGACUCCGUCAUUUGGACUUACAUCAUUGUCUCGAUGUUACCGACGCGGGCUUGAAAAGCCUAGCUCAUAAUGUUCCAGAUCUGGAGGGCCUGCAGGUUUCCCAGUGCCCCGAGCUGACCGAUGAAUCUGUCAUGGAAGUCAUUCGCACCACUCCAAAGCUGUCGCAUUUGGAGCUAGAGGACUUGGAGAACUUGACCAACACCACACUGCUAGAGUUGGCCCAAUCACCCUGUGCACAGCACUUGGAACAUUUGAACAUCAGCUACUGUGAGAUUCUCAGUGACACGGGCAUGCUUAAAGUAAUGAAGAGCUGUCCGAAGCUCCGAUCUGUCGAAAUGGACAAUACCAGGGUCUCAGAUCUAACCUUGAUGGAGGCCUGUUACCGCAUCCGUCGCCGCGGGUACAGCGACGACAUCCCCAAAGUCGGACUGCGACUUAUGAUCUUCGACUGUGCCAACAUCACCUGGGCGGGGGUCAAAGAAGUCCUUUCCAGCAACGCAUACAUCCCGCGCGCCUCCCGCAAACUCACAUCAACGGUGGUGACCGUAACGCAAGCAUCAGACACUGAUUCCCCGAUGACAAGUACCUUCGUCACUCCCAGGUCCACCCCUUCACCAUCUCCGUCGCCGACCUACCCCAACGAAAUCAUCGAGCUCAAAUGUUUCUACGGCUGGCAAAUGACCGUCGACGAACACACGAAACGUGUUCUUCGCGGAGAUCUCACUGCUGCAUCCCGGCUGGACCGGAAAUGGGCUGAGUACAUGAUGGCCACUGAGGAGGCCGGCGCCGCUGGUGCCGGUGCCCGUCGUCGCCGACGUCGUGCUCGUGAAGCCGAGCGUCUCUACAACGCAGACGAAGAAACGAACGAUGCUUACGGUGUAGGCUCAGCUUCUGCUCUUGGCGGAAGACGCAGGCGAGCCCAGAGCGGCGGUGGCUGUAUUGUGAUGUGA